UUUUUUUAAAUAUAAAUUUAUUUUAAUAAUAUAAUAAUAAUAAACAAAAUAAUUGGUAUCUGCGCAGAAAGUUCAUCUGCGCUUGAUUAAGUUUAACGAAGCAUGUUUAAUUGUUCAUCAGUCUGAAAACUAAUCUUUGUAGAAAAUGUCGUCAGUUACAUAUAGCGUUUUAUUUUUUAUUAUUACAUUAAUAAAAAUCCCCAUUUCAGAUAUAUAUGCUUCAAAAAUUUACACUUUAGACGUUCCACUCGUUGUACGUAAUGGAACUGGACCAAUUGAUCUUUCCUGUAUUUAUAAUAUCAAAGAAAAAGAAAACGGUCUCGUAAUAAAAUGGUAUCAUAAUAUUGACCAAAUUUAUCAAUGGAUACCGCCAAUGCCACCUCAAGAUACAGGAGUAAUAAAUGGAUUUACCGAAUAUUCUGAACAAAGUUUAAAAUAUUUUAAUUCAAGAUCUAUCAUACAUUUAAAAAUGGCUAUUGUUGAAAUGAGUGGACAAUAUACUUGUACAAUUAGCACAUUUCAAGAAGAAGAUAUGAAAAGAACAAAAAUGAUUGUUUAUGUGCCUGAAACUGAUAUAACUAUUCAUGUCUCUUCUUUCAAUAAAAAUCAUUUAAAUUUAACAUGUAUAGCAAACGGAGCACAGCCACGACCAAUAUUAAAAAUUUAUAUAGAAGGAAUUGAAGUAAAUAAUUAUUAUGAUAAAACUGUAAAAAUAUUGGAAUAUAAGACUAUUCUUUCUGCAAAACGCAGUGCAAUCAUAAAAAAUCCUCUAGAACCGUUACUUUUGGAGUGUGAAAUUUCUAUACCACAUACGGAUUAUAAGCGCAGAGAAAGAAUCAUUUACUAUCCCACGCAAAUGCUAUCACAAAUGAGUAUUGCAUCAAACUAUCGAAUUGAUAGUAUUACUAUUAUUUUCUAUAUAGUGUUAUUAUUAAAAUAAAUAAAUAUACAUAUCGGAAAUAUAAAAAAAUAUAA